CCGAAGGUAAGGUACCUAAGCGAACAGACGUUCCCUCGACGAAAACGCAGUUCUUUACCCGCCAAUUUCUACCAGAUUACCGUUCUUUUCGUUGACUGAAUUCAACUUCGCUUGGUGGCGCUGAGUAAGAGGCUGGACUUCCCCGCAUAAGCCGUCGUUUUAUCAGGUCUGCACUACGUUGAUAGAGGGGUAAUACAUUGGCGGGGGAUCCGUCGCCAGAGGCAAAAUGUUGAAGAUUUGGUCUAUGGAGCAGCAAAAGGCGGAGAAUGCGGAGAUCGCGGCUGCCGGGGGCAAGAAGAAGAAGGUUACUGCGGCGCAACUACGGGUUCAGAAGGACCUGUCAGAGUUGUCGCUCGGUAGCACCAUGAAGACGGACUUCCCGGACCCCGACGACAUCCUCCACUUCACACUGACGAUCGAGCCUGACGAGGGCAUGUACCGCACGGGACGCUUCACAUUUACCUUCGACAUCAACCAAAACUUCCCACACGACCCGCCCAAGGUGCGCUGCAAAGAGAAGAUUUACCACCCCAACAUCGACCUGGAGGGCAAGGUGUGCCUUAAUAUCUUGCGUGAGGAUUGGAAGCCAGUUCUAAACUUGAAUGCCGUGAUUGUCGGUCUGCAGUUUCUCUUCCUGGAACCGAACGCUUCCGAUCCGCUCAACAAAGAAGCGGCCGACGAUCUACGCUCGAACAGGGAAGGGUUCAAGAGAAAUGUUCGGACGGCAAUGGGAGGUGGCACGGUAAAGGGUAUAACCUACGAUCGGGUGCUGAAAUAGGAUUCUCACCGCGAUUUAUCUUGGGCAGAAGCAC